AUGGAGGUUCACGAAAUGCUCCCCGUCAAGACGGCGCAGGUAUCAAUGACUGAAAAGAGGGGCUACGUUGACACCUAUGCGGGUGGCCGAACGGAUGGCACGAGAAAUACGUCGACCAGAGUGCGAAGACUGUUUUCCUUUGCCCAGAUCUUCUUUUUCGCCCUGAGUUACAUGUCCUCCUGGGAAGCCAUCGCAACCAACGUCGGUCUUAUCUUCUACAAUGGCGGUCCGCGAUCGCUUGUCUGGGGCUUUUUCAUCGUCGUCCCCGGUGUGCUUUGCCAGGUAGCCUCAAUGGCAGAAAUGGCCUCUGUGCAGCCCAUCGCUGGCGCCCAAUACCACUGGACACACUAUCUCGCGCCGGCGUCGUCACGCAAAUUCAUCACAUGGGUGCAAGGCUGGAUCACAUGGUUCUCCUGGAUCUCGCUUUUGGCAGGUGUGGUUAACAUUGCUGCCAACAUUAUCACCACUCUAGUGGGCGCUCGAUAUCUGGACUAUGUCUACCAGGGCUGGCACACCGUCCUGAUCAUGUACGCCCUCCUCAUCGUGCAGGGUCUGCUCAACAUGUUUAUGUUCUGGAUCAUCCCGUGGGUCGAGCUGGUCGCAGGUCUUCUGCAUAUCAUCCUUUGGAUCGUCUUUGUUUCUGUCUUGGUCACUCUUGCUCCCCGGCACUCAGCCGAGUGGGUCUUCACAGAGAAGUCCAACUUAUCCGGUUGGAACAGCGACUAUGUCUCGUUCAACCUGGGUAUCAUCCUCGUAACGUGGGGAUUCGUUGGCUUUGAUGGCGCAGUUCACAUGUCUGAAGAAGUCCGCAAAGCUCGCCACGCUGUACCUCGCGCCAUGUUCUGGAGUAUCUUGAUGAACAGUGUCCUGGCCUUCGCCAUGACACUCGUCUUCCUCUUCUGUAUGGGUCCAGUCGAAGACGUGAUGGCCUCCAGCUACCCGCUCCUCGCCAUCUGCCUGAACGCGACUGGUUCCCUUGUUGGGGGCUCUGCUAUGGUGGGAGGCAUUUUGAUCACAGUCGUUGCUGUGUCUCUAGGCUCUGUCGCCUCAGCCUCACGCCUGACUUGGGCGUGGUCUCGCGACGGUGCCCUGCCAGCGUACUUUGCGUACAUCGACCCCAGACACCGCGUCCCUGUCCGCUCUGUAUGGCUGCCAAUCUUCCUCGUCAUGCUCCUGUCGCUUCUCAACCUUGCUUCCUAUACAGCCUUCAGCGUCAUCAUCUCUCUCUCCACCUUCGGCCUGUACCAGUCAUACUUCAUCGCCAUCUCCUGCAUGCUGUACGCACGCUUGACCGGCCGGCUUGAGGAUGGUGGCUGGUCGCUCGGCUGGUGGGGCACGCCGAUCAACAUCUUUGCCCUGAUCUAUUCGGCUUACAUCGGCAUCUUCCUGCUCUUCCCUAGCUACCUGCCCGUCGACUCCUCGACAAUGAACUACGCCUUACCCAUCAACGCGGCUGUCGUCAUCUUUGCCAUUAUCAGCUACUUCGUCUGGGGCAAGAAGAACUGGAAAGGCUUGAACAAGGAGGUUGUGGAUGCUGUGGUGGCAGACUCGGAACGCAACACCAAGGACUAA